AUGAGCUUUAUUCUCAAGGUUUGUUGUUGCACAACAGAUGAAGAAGAAGAUGAGAGUUAUUUGAUCAGAAAUGAUGAGACCGAUGACAUCUUCAGAUCUGAGAGGUAAGUACACGAGUUCCAUUGAAAUUCUGAGAUAGUGCUGCGAUUUGUUUAUAAGAAUUGUAAUUCCAGUGUGAAUGUACCCACUCAAAAUUCGGCCGGGAACGGGGUUAGCGCUGGCAAUCGAUUAACGCCAACUUUUCCCGGAAACAACUCUGCCAGGUCUAGGGAGCAGAACGAAGCUGCCUUGAUCCAUCGUAUUUUGAAUACGGCACAGGAGGUAAGUCUUCGUUUAUUUAUUUUUAAUGUUCUAGAGAAUAAUUGAUGUGAAUUUGGAUGAUAAUGUUGGGGAAAUUGAUAUUACCCAACGAUCUAGAGCCUAUUCUGAAGCUGUGCGGAAACAUGAUGCUAAGAGGAAGAAGAAUGGAGGUAGGGGAGCUAUUAUUUUCAUUAAGUAUGCCUAAAAGUUAAUUUUUCGUCUAAUACGCUAUUAUCCCUUUGUUUUUAGAAGAGGCUGCACCUCUUGGUCAUAUUUUGUUAGACACCGGCAACCAGCCCAAAGCCUUUGUUAACCAUGUAACAGCCGUUGAUGUCCAACUCCUUAACCAUGUAUCAGAUAUCUUCUCCGAAGCUGUCCGUUCUGAUAUUGGUAUUCGUCCUGGCGAGCAAUUGGUGGUUUAUAUGGACCAAUUGGAUUCAUGA